UACCUUCCCCAGGGCCGGCAUCAUGUCGGCGGCGCAGGUGUCCUCGUCCCGGAGACAGUCUUGCUACCUGUGCGACCUGCCCCGCAUGCCCUGGGCCAUGAUCUGGGACUUCUCGGAACCCGUAUGCCGCGGUUGCGUCAACUACGAGGGCGCCGAUCGCAUCGAGUUCGUGAUCGAGACCGCGCGCCAGCUGAAGCGGGCGCACGGCUGCUUUCAGGACGGCCGCUCCCCCGGGCCGCCGCCGCCCGUCGGGGUCAAGACGGUGGCCCUGUCGGCUAAGGAGGCGGCGGCGGCUGCAGCGGCCGCCGCCGCCGCCGCACAGCAGCAGCAACAGCAGCAGCAGCAGCAGCAGCAGCAGCAACAGCAGCAGCAGCAACAACAGCUCAACCACGUCGAUGGCUCCAGCAAGCCCGCUGUGCUGGCGGCCCCGUCCGGCCUGGAGCGCUAUGGCCUGAGCGCUGCCGCCGCCGCCGCCGCCGCCGCCGCCGCCGCAGUUGAGCAGCGCAGCCGCUUCGAGUACCCGCCACCGCCGGUGAGCCUGGGAAGCAGCAGCCACGCGGCGCGGCUGCCCAACGGCCUGGGGGGCCCCAAUGGCUUCCCCAAGCCGACACCGGAGGAGGGACCCCCGGAGUUGAACCGCCAGAGCCCCAACUCAUCUUCAGCCGCGGCGUCAGUGGCAUCUCGGCGCGGGACGCACGGUGGGCUGGUGACGGGGCUGCCCAACCCGGGGGGUGGUGGAGGCCCCCAGCUCACGGUGCCCCCCAACCUGCUGCCGCAGACGCUACUUAACGGCCCGGCCAGUGCCGCCGUGCUGCCCCCACCGCCGCCCCACGGCCUGGGCAGCCGUGGGCCCCCGACGCCCGCGCCCCCAGGGGCGCCCGGGGGCCCCGCUUGUCUUGGAGGCGCCCCGGGCGUAUCAACCGCGUCGUCCUCGGCGUCGUCUUCGACCUCGUCGUCAGUGGCGGAGGUGGGUGUGGGUGCUGGCGGCAAAAGGCCCGGCUCGGUCUCGAGCACAGACCAGGAGCGCGAGCUGAAGGAGAAGCAGCGGAACGCCGAGGCCCUAGCCGAGCUGAGCGAGAGCCUGCGCAACCGCGCGGAGGAGUGGGCCAACAAGCCCAAGAUGGUCCGCGACACGCUGCUCACGCUGGCCGGCUGCACGCCCUACGAGGUGCGUUUCAAGAAGGACCACUCGCUGCUGGGCCGCGUCUUCGCUUUCGAUGCUGUCUCCAAGCCCGGCAUGGACUACGAGUUGAAACUGUUCAUUGAGUACCCCACGGGCUCAGGCAACGUGUACUCCAGCGCAUCUGGUGUGGCCAAGCAGAUGUACCAGGACUGUAUGAAGGACUUCGGCCGGGGUCUCUCCUCCGGCUUCAAGUACCUGGAGUACGAGAAGAAGCACGGCUCUGGGGACUGGCGCCUACUCGGAGACCUGCUGCCUGAGGCCGUGCGCUUCUUCAAGGAGGGCGUGCCCGGCGCCGACAUGCUGCCCCAGCCCUACCUGGACGCCAGCUGCCCCAUGCUGCCCACGGCGCUGGUGAGUCUGAGCCGCGCCCCCAGCGCGCCCCCGGGUACCGGGGCCCUGCCGCCCGCCACCCCUUCGGGCCGGGGCACAGCCGCCAGCCUUCGCAAGAGGAAGGCGUCCCCCGAGCCCCCGGACUCGGCCGAGGGCGCCCUAAAACUGGGCGAGGAGCAGCAGAGGCAGCAGUGGAUGGCGAACCAGAGCGAGGCACUAAAGCUCACCAUGUCGGCCGGGGGCUUUGCGGCGCCGGGCCAUGCCGCCGGGGGUCCGCCCCCACCGCCUCCGCCCCUGGGACCGCAUUCCAACCGGACCACGCCGCCCGAGUCAGCCCCUCAGAACGGCCCGUCCCCCAUGGCCGCCCUCAUGUCGGUGGCGGACACUCUGGGCACGGCGCACUCCCCCAAGGACGGCAGUUCCGUGCACUCCACCACUGCGUCCGCGAGGCGCAACAGCAGCAGCCCGGUGUCGCCGGCCUCCGUGCCCGGGCAGCGCCGCUUGGCAUCACGGAACGGGGACCUGAAUUUACAGGUGGCGCCCCCGCCGCCUAGCACCCACCCGGGCAUGGACCAAGUGCACCCCCAAAACAUUCCGGAUUCCCCUAUGGCCAACAGCGGGCCCCUCUGCUGUACCAUUUGCCACGAACGUUUGGAGGACACGCAUUUCGUUCAGUGCCCAUCCGUCCCCAGCCACAAAUUCUGUUUCCCUUGCUCUAGAGAGAGUAUCAAGGCCCAGGGGGCCACCGGCGAGGUGUACUGCCCCAGCGGAGAGAAAUGCCCCCUGGUUGGGUCGAAUGUACCUUGGGCCUUCAUGCAGGGCGAAAUCGCAACGAUCUUAGCUGGAGAUGUUAAAGUGAAAAAGGAGAGAGACCCUUGAACCACAAGACCGCCACCUCCUCUGCCCCUGACCAGCUCCUCUCCGAUCCAGAGGGCCCCUCCCCCACCCGCAGCGACCCUCCCUUCCCUCACUCCCAAGAUGUAGAAUUGUGAAUAUAACAAACUGCAAAAAGUUAGUCUUAUGUAUAGACAUUAUUUUCGUCGUAUGUUUCUAUAUUUUGAAACAAAAGGUAUGUAACUUCUUCAUUUGAAGGAUAAGCUGGUUUGUGUUAAGCAGUAUAAUAUUGGUUGGGUCAUUUGCAUCAUUUCGUUAGCAUUUAUUUGGUGGCAGAGUGUUUGCCUAGGUACAGAAUUAAUAGCCCUUAGCAACGACUGCUGCUGGUGUGUAUUUUUGUAAAUGUUAUGCACUCUCUGAAAGGAAAAAAAAAAACACACAAAAGAAAAUGACUUUUUUUUUUUUGCCAAGGCCAGUGUUGCUGCCUAAAAAAAAAAAAAAAGAUGCUAUAAAAUGGUGAAAGCUUCUUUCUAAACAGCCCCAAGAGUUGAAGUCUUCACUUUAUUUUGUUCCAUUUUGUUCUGUUUUGUUUUGUUUUUCUGUUUCGUUUGCAAAAUGGCAAGGGGGGGUGUCGGGGGGGUGGGGUGUUUUUUGUUGCAAGUUUGUGAGGGAAAAUGUUUUGGUUUGUUUCUACUGACCUGAAUGUGUUGGAUCUUCACGUGUUGUUUUGUUUUUGCUUUAUUGAUGCACGGAUGCUUUUGAACAGUAGAGCGAAAUGCUAGACAUGGGGAACUGCUCUGUUUGUCCUUUAUACAUUUCUGUAGUUAACAGAACACUGUAAUGUGCCUUGGAGCUUAGUAACUUGUAAUAAAUUCAAUUGAUAUUAA